UCGAGAGAUCUGAUGGUAAUGUGACUACACCUAUAGGUAUUUAUCCAAUCUCUUUGUGUGUCACACUGGAAGGGUAGGACAGAUGGCACCACUCCGAAGUGUAGAAAAAAACAUUGAAAAGUUUAUGUAAUUUGACAUAGAUGGCUGGUCUUAGUGCAAGAAAUAAAAAUAUCAAUGAUGAAAAAUUUAAAUUGAAUACAAACAUCUCUGGUGAUAAAUGAUUUGGGAUUACAAUGACGAUUUUCCUUAAGCGGAUAUAAUGCAUGUUGUAUUUCCUUAAAUUGAAUCAUUGUGGUAAAUAUAUCUGACGUUAGUUCAUAUUCAUUAUUAAUUCGAGAGAAUAUUGUAAAAUACACUUCGAUAAUAACUUCACAGUGACAGUUUGUGUAAAACCCCAUUCGGUAAAGGAGUUCUGUGUUAUAAUCAUCGAACCAACACUGUAAAUAAUUUAUGUACACGUUAAAAAUGCUCCAUAGACAGAUCAUCAUUUUGUGGAUGUUUGUAACCAACUCACUAACGAAUGGAUUUCCGGACACAUCGACGAUCUCACCAAAAACAACACGAGAACCUGGACUAAUAACAGUUACUGAGUUGCCAGUACCUUUGAUGGAUGCCAGUACUAUAAAUACUACGAUGGACUUUAUUAAAACAAUGACAGACAAUACUACGAAUGAUUCUGCAACUACAGACACGCCUACAUUGCUAACAAGCACCACUGAGAAUAGCAGUGAAACUACAAUUCCUAGCCCUUUAUCCAAAAACAAUAUAAAUUUAACUAGAGAAAAUACAGAAGCUUCUACUGUAACGUUAAAUCUCAGUACAAUGAGAACUACAGAAGAGUUUGCCUCCAAUUUGACUUGUUCCAAUGCUGCGUACUGCGACCUAUAUUCUACUUCUACUGCGGAUACAAAAAUAUCUCCAUCUAUAGAAUACACUACAGAUACUGGAAUAGGAUCAACUUUGGCUACAGGAUACAUUUCUACCACAGAGAUUGAGGAGUACCAGUUCGCCAAGUGUUACUGCUUACAAUACUAA